CUUAUUUUAUUGCCUUUAGUUACCUAUAAAUAUUGAUGUACACGCACUCUUCUCUUGAGUUAUUAUUCAUUUUCUCUUUGGUUUUCUCCCUAGAUUUUCUGUUGCACCUGUUUCAUUUUUCAUUGUCUUGAAAUGAUAGAACUCUUUCUGCCUUAUUGGCAUGCCAAUUUAUAUUAAUAGUUUUGUUUUUUCAAUAGCAUUCCACACAAUGUUAAUUUUAUCCCUAUAUUAAAGUAUCAAUAUGUGGAAUUUUGAUGUUUUAUGUCCAUAUGUUUUCCAGGACUGCUCUUGAAUGCUUAUGCAAAAUUGCUACUAGACAUAUGGGAUUACUCUUUGCUUAACUGAGUCACACAGGCGGAUCCAAAAUUUAAAACUUUACCGAUUUAAACUUUAAGAUUUUUAACAUUGAACCUAUUAUAUUUUUAUAAUUGUGGGUUCAUACUUACUAUUUGUAGUGAAUUUUACGCAUAAAUUUAUACACUGCAUUGAAAAUACCAGAUUCAGAUGAACCCGGUGUCAGUGCUGUGAGGCUGCAUCCGCCUCUGGUCAUAGUACCAUCUUUAGGAAAAACUUAAUGAUAGUGAGUGUCACUUCUCAAGGGAAUUCCUUGAUUAUGGGGAGUGUUUGUUCAUGUAAAAGUGACCAUUACGCUGAUGAGAACACAACUAGAAGAGGUUUCUCUAGUAGAUACUUCAAAUUUGGGAGCUCAAAAUGGCUAGAGUCCUCCCCUUUUCUUCCUUCAGGAUGUUGUCAAUUUCGACGACGCAGUUGUCCGUCCCUCAUGGAAUUGUGUAUUCAUAAAAUAUGUGAGGACAUUGACAAAUACCAUUCAUUUUCAAUGCUCCCGAGUGACGUAAGCCAGUUGAUUUUUAAUCAUCUGGUGGACUCAUGUAGUCUUUCCGACAACUGUAUUGAGGCUUUCAGAGAUUGCGCUCUGCAUGAUAUGUGCAUGGGAGAAUGUACACAAGUAAAAGAUAAUUGGAUGGAUGUCAUAUCUUCACAAGGAUCAUCGUUACUGUCCGCAUAUAUCGCUGGUACUGAGGUUACAGAUAUUGGUUUAAGCCUCCUAAGGAAUUGCUCAAACCUCCAAGCUUUAGGUUUGGAUUGCUGUGACAAAAUUUCCGACGGUGACAUAAAGCACAUCACUGGUUUUUCAAAUUUGAAAUAUUUGGGUUUUAGAAAAUGCUUUGGGCUUACUGCUGAAGCAAUGAAAAGUUUAUCCGGCUUAGCGAAACUGGUCAAGUUGGAUUUUGAGCGAUGUCCUCUUAUUCACGGAGGUUUUAUUCAUCUUGAAGGUUUAACAAUUCUUGAAUCUCUCACUAUAAGAGGAUGCAAGUGUAUCACAGAUUCAGACUUGAAGUCUCUUGCAGGACUUGGGAGUUUGAAGGAACUUCAGAUUUCAUGUGACAACAUAACAAAUGUUGGAGUGUCUUAUUUGAGAGAUUUGAACAAACUCGUCGUGCUAAAUUUGGAAGGGUCUGAUGUUACUGCUCUAUGUUUGGAUUACCUCACAGCUCUCACUUCACUGCAAUCGCUAAAUCUCAAUAGAUGCCAUCUAACAGAUGUUGGAUGCGAGAAGUUUUCCGCGCUCAGCAAUUUGAAAGAGUUGAAUCUGGGAUUUAACAAUAUCACAGAUACAUGUUUGGAACAUUUAAAAGGGCUGACAAAAUUGGAAGGCCUCUACUUGGAUUCUUGUAGGAUUAGCAAUGACGGUCUUGCUCAUUUAGCUGGACUCGCAAACUUGAAAGCUUUGGAGCUGUCUGAUACUGAAGUUGGAAGCGAUGGAAUUCUACAACUCUCUGGGUUGACAAAGUUGGAAGAUCUCAAUCUCUCAUUCACAUCAGUAACUGACAACAGUUUGAAAACGUUAUCUGGAUUGACAUCUCUUAGGUCGCUUAACCUUGAUACUCGUCAGAUUACUGACUCGGGCCUUGCAGUUCUCACCGUAGGUUUAACUGGAUUGACUCACCUGGAUCUUUUUGGUGCCCAGAUCACGGAUUCCGGGGCAAAAUAUCUGUCAUAUUUGAAAAAUCUCCAAUCUCUUGACCUUUGUGGCGGGCGAUUGACGGAUGCCGGCGUCAAGAACAUAAAAGAUCUUUCUUCUCUGAUGUUCCUAAACUUGUCACAAAACCCGAAGCUAACAAAUACAGCCUUGGAAUAUCUAUCAGGAUUGACGUCGUUGGUCUCGUUAAACGUCUCAAACUCUAGUAUCACGAACGACGGCUUGCAGUACCUAAAGCCUCUUAAGAAUUUACGCUCCCUGUACCUGGAAUUUUGUGGGGUUACAGUAUGUGAAAUCAAGAAGCUUCAAGCCAAAGCCCUCCGGAAUCUUGCGCGAUACCGCCCUCAGUAAUGGUUAUCACGUAUAUAGAUGGACAACCGCUUUGGUGUGUAAAUAAACAAAAUAACAUGUAGUAGUAGUUAUUAU